AUCGCGCGUUGCGGUAUGGCGAAGACCGAAACGGACGUAAAUCACGUGCCGUUUCUUCCCACCAGGUUUACCACGAGGUUUACGCUGGACGAGUGGCAUCUCGACAAUCAGUUCAGAUAUCGAUGUUCCGAGGCGCAAAGGGAAUUAUCGGAUCGGCUCUUAGCCGAGGCGACAGUUGCGUGCGAAUCAGCCAAGGAAAUCGUAAAAGCCAAUAAGGAGGAGACGGAUCAUCGAUUGCUAGAAAAGCUCAAUGACAUCGAAUUUCGUAAGGGGGAAUUGCUGCGAAUAAGGAAGGACGGUGUCCUGGAAAUCGAUGCGCUGUCCGUAUACAGAGAACGAAUUACGGACGUGCUGAAGUCCGUGAAAAGAAACGCUCUCGCGAUUUGCGAAAAAUGUCUCGUUGCCAGGGAACGUAGACUGGGUAUCGACUUGGUUCACGACGACGUCGAGAGGAGCCUGUUGAAGGAGCGCGAGGUGAUACAAGGUGCGGAGAGUCUGUUGGGUCGAGUCUUGAAGGAGACUCGCGAGCAAAUUCGUAAAUUGAAAGCCACGCUGUAUCACAUCGAUCAGGAUCUCGUAAAUAAGGACAGCAAUUUACGUAUCGAUCGUCGUAACGUGACUUUUAAGGAGACCGAUUUCAAUCUGAGUGUCCACCACGAUACUUCACGCCUCGACCAAUCGGUAGUAGAGUUAAAUGAAUGGGAACUACAAACGAAUAGCAAUGUUAUCGAUGCAAAUAAAGAAGUGAAUAAGGCAAAGCAAUUGCGCUGUUACAUCGAUACGAUAAUUAAGCAAACAAUCGAUGACUUGGCUAGACAGAAGGAUGUCACAAACAAAGCUUUCAGGCAGCGUAUCGAACAGACCAGAGAAGCAAAAACCAAAUUAGAACUUCAGCAUUCGGAGAUAAUAAAACAGGUUACCGUCAUGACAAGCAAUAUCACGCACAUAAAAAAGUCAAUAGCUGAUAAAGAAGGUUACAUGGCUCUGGCUCAUACAAGGCUAGGUCAUCGAUGUCAACGUCCAGGAAUCGAACUCACCCAGGACUUGGUCGAAGCCAAUCUCGUGAAGGAGAUACACGAAUUGCGGAAUGUCGCGGCAAACCUCCAACGAAUGCUCUGCGAGGAUAUCGAGCGCGGCGAGGCCCGUUUCGCAGGGGUAUCCUCGGUGUCGGCGUCGACGUCGCCGUCGGUCCCGGCGUUGGCAUCGGCGCCGACACCGCUGCACGAGCACAACGCCAACAGAUGUGACGCGUCGAGGGCAACGUCCGGAGUGGGGCGCGUAGCGGCAGCGAACGCGCCGUCAGGUACGCACCAGGACGCUCAGCAGGCUGCACGUGCCAGCGCGAGCGCGAACGCGUCGAACGCGGCGGCACCGAGAUCGGAGGGAGAUCUCGACGCGAGUAGAAGCCGUUGGCGAGCGAUCGGCCGGUUCCUACGACGCCUGACUUUCAUUAUGUUGCUGAUGGCAGCCGCGUUCGGAGCAGUGGCCGCAGUAGUGAUCUACAUGGGCCCGAUUUAUCUCUUCCAGUUGCUCAUCGUCAUCUCCGUCGCCUACUUUGUCGCCGGCGGUCGCCUGAGAUGGUUCUAUGUUGCCCUUAGGACAGCCCCCCGUGACCUCAAAGGACUUCUAGGAUAUGUUAGAAUGCUAUGGUCAGUACAUUCUCAUGAAAAGAAAAACAGAAAUGUCGCCGAUAUAUUUAGACAAUAUGUCAAUCGUCAUCCUAAUAAAAUCUGUUUGAUAUUCGAAGAUCAAGAAUGGACUUUUCAACAGAUAGAGGAUUUUAGUAACAAAAUCGCGACGAUAUUUAAAACACAUGGUUACAAGAAAGGAGACACGAUUGCUUUACUGUUGGAGAAUCGGCCGGAAUUUGUUGCAAUUUGGCUAGGUUUGACCAAACUUGGUGUGAUAACGGCUUUGAUUAACACCAAUUUGCGUAAGAGCAGUCUUGUGCAUUGUAUCAAUAUUGCAAAGUGCGAAGCGCUUAUAUAUGGCACCGAGUUUUUUGACGCGGUGACAGAUAUCGUCUCAUCAUUGGAUGCUAAAUUAACGUUGUACAGAUUUGGAAUUCACACAAAUGCAAUGUCCGGAUUAAAAGAAAAAGAUCUGAAUGCUAUGCUGGUGGACACACCCGCUACACCACCGGCAGUACAAGAAAAAAGUGGUUUUCAUGAUAAACUUUUGUACAUUUAUACUAGCGGCACUACAGGUCUUCCCAAAGCAGCUGUUAUCACUAAUUCGAGAUAUACUUUUAUCACAAGUUCAGUUGAGUUCAUGGGAGUCUUGCGUAAUUCUGAUAGAAUAUAUACACCAUUGCCACUAUAUCAUACAGCUGGCGGAGUGAUGGCUAUAGGGCUAGCUUUGGUAUAUGGUCAUACAACAGUUAUUAGGAAGAAAUUUAGCGCCAGCGCGUACUUUGCUGAUUGUAAUAAAUACAAAUGCACCGUUGGUCAAUACAUUGGUGAAAUGUGUCGGUACAUUUUGGCAGUACCACCUAAAAAGGAGGAUCAUGAACAUAGUAUUAGAAUGAUUUUCGGCAACGGACUAAGGCCGCAGAUUUGGGACGAAUUUAUAAAACGAUUCAAUAUUUCACAAGUGCUCGAAUUUUACGGUGCAACUGAAGGCAAUUGUAAUGUCAUGAACAUUGACAAUAAAAUGGGAGCAAUAGGUUUCUUUUCAAGAAUUAUCCCAUCGGUAUACCCCGUUUCUCUGAUUAAAGUGAAUGAAGAAGGGGAACCUAUACGCAAUUCUAAAGGACUAUGCCAAGUCUGUGAACCAAAUGAACCUGGUGCAUUUAUUGGAAAGAUCUCACCAAACAACCCAACGAGAGCAUUUUUAGGAUAUGUAGAUAAAAAAGCAUCUGAGAAGAAAGUAAUUUACGACAUUUUCACAAAAGGCGACUCUGCCUUUCUAUCAGGGGACAUUCUUGUUGCUGACGAAUUAGGAUACCUAUAUUUUAAGGACAGAACGGGAGAUACGUUUAGAUGGAAAGGAGAAAAUGUAUCGACUUCUGAGAUUGAAGGCAUAGUCAGUAAUCUCAUCAGUUAUCGAGAUUGUAUAGUAUACGGCGUGGAGAUUCAAAGUGCUGAAGGCAGAGCAGGAAUGGCAGCAAUUUAUGAUCCAGACGGGACAUUGGAUUUAAAUAAAUUAACAGUCGACAUCAAAGAACAAUUACCUCCUUAUGCCAGGCCGCAAUUUGUUAGGAUUCUGACGAAAAUUGAUCUCACAGGAACAUUCAAAUUGAAAAAGAAAGAUCUCCAGGAAGAAGGAUACAAUCCGUACAAGGUUCAAGACAAAAUAUAUUACUUAGACCCGAAGCUUGGUUAUCAGUUAUUAACGUCAGAAGUUUACGAUCAAAUUCUACAAGGAAAAGUCAAGUUUUAAAUAUGUUAUCUGGAAAAAAAUGCAAACUAUGGCAAUAGUUAAUAUUUUACAAAGUGAUUAAGCAGAAUUACAUGGCAUUGGCGCAUUUCAGUGGAUUGCAACUUACAAUUAGUUGUAUCUGUACCAAGCUUUUGCUCUAUGUGCUGAGCCUGCAGACAGUAUGGUGACAAUAUAUUCAUAGAACUUUUGAAGGGAUCUAUUAAACGAUAUGACAACAGGUGGUUGUUAAUGUAAAAUGUAAUAUAAAAAAGUAGAUAUUGUAUAAUCUGGAUAUAGCUAAAAACUGUUAAAACUGUUUAUUCAAAUAGAUCUCCCUUGAAUGUGUAAUUAGUAGUUAACAAAAUAUUUUUGUUUCACUUAUGCUCUACAUUUUUAAAUAUCACUUUUAAUUUUUUCUUACUGUUUCAACACAGUGUUUUUUAAUGUUUCAUGUUUAUUUCAUCAUUUGGUUAUAUCCAGAUCAUAAUGUUUCUAAUUUUAUGCGAUUCAUGUUAAUA